CGGCUCUGACUGACAGCCCGGGCGGCGCCAUGGCCGCGGAUCGGCGCGCCAAGACCGAUACUCUGUCACUGCGACGGCGACUCCUCAGCUCUUCCUGCAGACUCUUUUUCCCUGAGGAUCCUGUUAAGAUCGUCCGAGGCCAAGGACAGUACUUGUAUGACGAACAAGGGGCAGAAUACAUCGAUUGCAUCAACAAUGUGGCUCACGUCGGGCACUGCCACCCUGUUGUGGUUCAAGCCGCACAUGACCAGAACCAGGUGCUCAACACCAACAGCCGCUUCCUGCAUGACAACAUCGUGGAUUUUGCGCAGAGGCUGUCGGAGACGCUGCCGGAGAAGCUCUGUGUGUUUUAUUUCCUGAAUUCUGGGUCAGAAGCCAAUGACCUGGCCUUGCGACUGGCCCGCCAGUACACAGGACACCAGGAUGUGGUGGUGUUAGACCAUGCUUAUCACGGUCACUUGAGCUCCCUGAUUGACAUCAGCCCCUACAAGUUCCGAGACCUGGAUGGCCAGAAGGAGUGGGUCCAUGUGGCACCUCUCCCAGACACCUACCGAGGCCCCUACCGAGAGGACCACCCCAACCCAGCAGAGGCCUAUGCCACCGAGGUGAAGCGUGUGAUCACCCGUGCUCAGGAGAAGGGUCGGGAGAUUGCAGCCUUCUUCGCUGAGUCUCUGCCCAGUGUUGGUGGGCAGAUCAUCCCUCCUGCUGGCUACUUCCCCCGAGUGGCAGAGCACAUCCGCAGAGCCGGAGGGGUCUUUGUGGCAGACGAGAUCCAGGUUGGCUUUGGCCGAGUGGGCAAGCACUUCUGGGCCUUCCAGCUGCAGGGGGAAGACUUUGUCCCUGACAUUGUCACCAUGGGCAAGUCCAUUGGCAAUGGCCACCCACUUGCAUGUGUGGCCACCACCCAAGCUGUGGCGAGGGCAUUUGAAGCCACCGGCGUGGAAUACUUCAACACGUUUGGUGGCAGCCCUGUAUCUUGCGCCGUGGGCCUGGCAGUCCUCGAUGUUGUGGAGCAGCAGCAGCUCCAGGCUCAUGCCUCCUGCGUAGGCAGCUUCCUGAUGGAGCUCCUCAGGCAGCAAAAAGCCAAGCAUCCCAUCAUCGGGGACAUUAGGGGCACUGGGCUCUUCGUGGGUGUAGAUCUGGUCAGAGAUGAAGCCACAAGAACACCAGCAACUGAAGAGGCUGAAUACCUGGUAUCCAGACUGAAGGAGAACUACAUCUUGCUGAGCACUGACGGUCCCGGGAGGAAUGUCCUAAAGUUUAAGCCCCCCAUGUGCUUUAGUCUGGACAACGCGCUUCAAGUGGUGACAAAGAUGGAUGCCAUUCUGACAAAUAUGGAAGAGAAAGUGAGAAGUUGUAAGACCCUGAGGCUUCAGCCCUAAGCCAGCUCAUUCUCCAGGUGAGUGCCCUUGCUCCUAUGGUUUCUCAC